CGAACAACAACCAUCUGAAUCUUCCGUGACAACCGUGCAUAAAUCCCUGCUUUUCCCGAGAAUUGAAGCUGCCCACUGUUUUUAAGAGGAAAUCCACCGGGUCCUGCAAGUUCUUAGGAUUUCCACAACAUUUAUAAAAACCCACCUUUCUCUACAUUCCUGUUAUGUGGUGUGUUUAGGGAUGUGCACAGAAAUAAAGAGAAGGCAACGCCCAAUUAUGCUCAAUAUAUUUCACAGCAUCCACAUUUUAAAAAGAUUACAUGUCAAACACCUAAGUGAAGGGGAUUUAUGAAUUCAUUAGGGACAAAAAGCAGGCAGAUUGGAAGCAUCAAAUGUUGUUUAUGUGAGCACAACAUUGUGGAGUUAUGUAAAACAAACAGCUCAUCCAGUUAACAGCACUCUUCCCUACCAGCAUCUGCCCUGAGCAACAGAGAAAGACAGUGAGUGACAAAUAUAAACAGCAGCUCCGCUAUGUUGAAGGAAAUUACCUCCCAGGAACACUGGAACUACUCCAGUGUCGACACAUUCAUCUGCUCGUCCAAGUUUAACUCUCAAGUGAGCGAGUGAGGGAGCAGUAGAGCAAGCCACUGGCACCAACAGAAUGAGAGAGGAAGAGGUAGAGGACGCACAGACGUUUCAAACCUGUGAUCACAAUAGGUGAUGCGGAAAAAAUCUGGGGAUUCGUCCAACUCAAAGGAUUUAUUCAGCUUGAAACACAGAAAAUAAGAUAUUUGGGUCUUUUCCCAUAAAAAAAAGUUAGCCAUCGUCAUUGUUUUACUUCAGUAUGCAUAUAAAAUAAGAGAAGCCACAAUCUCAGGAUGUUUCAAAGAACAGGCAUUGCAUGGAAGCGCUGGAUAUGAAUUCACCCUUGCUUACAAGAGGGGGGGAAAAACAAGGAAGGAGACAUUAAGUGAACGAAUUGAGGAAACCCUCAGUUUGAGUUGAAGCCAAGCAGUGUGAAUAGACAAAGAGACAAACACAGAUGGGAAAGACCUCGUCUGCUACAUGACCACUCCAAAUUCUGAUUCAGUUUGGAGGUUAAUACUUCCUGAUUUCAAAGAUAACGUUUGGCCGAAGGCAGCAUUUCUUUGGACAUGAACUCUUUGGAAAGAAGGGACCCUGUGACAAUGCUGGCCAAGCCCCCGGAAAAAUUGAAAGCACAACUUCCCACAGCAGCCCGGCUAGCCAUAGCAUCAUGUCCCAGAGAGAAGCAUCCCUGCUGGAGCUCAACCAAAGAGGGAGCGAGGAUGGGGCCUACCUUCAAUCCGGACAACAACUCCGUUGGGCCGCAUUGCUCAUCCUUCUGGUCAUUAUUCCCACCAUUGGUGGAAACAUCCUGGUCAUUCUGGCAGUGUCAUUGGAGAGGAAACUCCAGAACGCUACUAAUUUCUUCCUGAUGUCUCUGGCAGUGGCAGAUCUACUGGUGGGAGUGCUAGUAAUGCCAAUCGCGCUGGUGACUGUGCUUUUCCACUCCAGAUGGCCCCUUCCAGAUUUCCUGUGCCCUAUCUGGCUGUUUCUGGAUGUCUUGUUCUCAACAGCCUCCAUCAUGCACCUGUGUGCUAUCUCUCUCGACCGCUACAUAGCAAUCAAGAAACCCAUCCAGCACAGCCAGUUCAAGUCCAGAGCCAAAGCGCUGGCUAAAAUCGCACUUGUCUGGCUGAUCUCUGUAGGUAUUGCAAUACCUAUUCCAAUCAAAGGGCUACAACUCUUGGAUCAUCCAAACAACAUCACUUUCAACAACAACCACACCUGUAUGUUAUCCCCAGAGGGUUUUGGGGAUUUUAAGGUGUUUGGAUCAUUGACGGCUUUCUUUAUACCCCUUGCAAUUAUGAUGAUUAUUUACCUGCUGACUAUCCAAGUACUGCGCAAGAAGGCCUACCUUUUAAGAUCAAGAGCUUCAAGGCCCACCAUCUCUACAGUGUUCCAGCAGGAAUUGCCAGUGACCUCUCCACCUGAGGAAUUGGCCAUUCUAAAUGGAACUAAAAGGGACAAAAUGUUGAACCCUUUUAGCCCCAUCACAGAGGAUGAGGCCCCAAUCCGCAGAAUGUCCACCAUAGGAAAAAGGUCCAUGCAAAACUUGAGCAAUGAACAAAGGGCAUCAAAGGUCCUGGGGAUUGUAUUUAUGUUAUUCGUUGUGAUGUGGUGUCCUUUCUUUAUUACUAACGUGACUUCUGUACUCUGUGAAGGGUGCAACAGUCAUCUAGUGGAACAGUUGUUGGAUAUCUUUCAAUGGGUGGGCUAUGUUUCGUCAGGCAUCAACCCGCUGGUUUACACCUUGUUCAACAGGACAUUCCGGGAAGCCUUUACACGCUACAUAACGUGUAACUAUAGCCGUGUGAGUACUCCAAAAUUGCAGCGAAGGACCAGAAUUUCUUUUCGGUCAUCUGUGGCAGAAAACUCUAAACGGUUUAUGAAACAUGGUAUGAAGAAUGGGAUUAGCCCUGUAAGCUAUCAAAGUCCUCUUCGGCGUCGCCCGGCGCACUUACAGUCUUCGGCCAACAUUACGUUGGACACAUUGCUUUUGACAGAGAAUGAAGACUGCAAGCCUGAUGAAAACACAAGCUUCGUGUAGCAUGUCUCAUAUACAGUGGACAAGAACUCUUUGAAAUGGCAAGCAAUUCAAGCUCACGCCACACUAGCAGACUCAAAACAACUCUAUUUUAGCCAAGGGUCACGCAUGCAGACUGUUUUGCGGAGAUCUCGCACUCUUCAGUCAGAGUUAUGACACACUUGGCGAUAAAAAAUAGUGGAGUGGUGACAAAGAUACCAACUCACCGCAACUCUGUCUCUGAUUCACUGUCAAGUGGAGCUCGCCGAAAUAACAGGAGCUUAAACAAUUGUAAUGAUUGGGUGAUUCAGGGCGUUUUCAGAACUGUAGCUUGCUUGAUUUGUUCUUAAACAUGGGCUAAAAUAGCUACAAUGUUGCAUUUUCUUCAUUUAGAAGAUUUAGCUCAUACAUCGAUAUAACGGUUAAAAUGAUAUACUUGUAAAAACUUGUCAAUGCGUACAAAUGAGUGUUGUCAAAAGUACCAGUACUUCGGUACCAAGUCGAUCCUAAAAUAAAAAAAGAUGUAACGAUACCAGUGUUUCUGCAGUACUGAGCACAGACUCAAUUCGGUACCAGUGUGCAGUAUAAAUGACACAUAACAGCUUUAAAAUGCUCAUUUUAAGCAUGUGCUCCGUUACUCCUUACAUUGAAAUGGACAAUAAAUCAAAUUAAAAUCGUGACAUGUCCUAAUGUGAUUUAUUAAACCGCUAAAGGCUGUAAUCUUAGUGUGGAAGAGCUGCAUACUUUGAAUGAAUGCAUAAAUCUGACCGCUCAUACAUAUUGAGAUUCAUUCACAACAUGUUGUAUCAGAUGACAGAGCAGAGCACUAACCUACUGUGAACCACGCAGCACAUGUAAACUAUAUAUAAUUAAAUCACAGCAUUUGCGCUUUAAUCUCAACUCAACUUUAUUUAUACAGCAUUUAAAACAUCAGAGUUGACCAAAGUGCUUCACAGUAAUAACAAACACCAGUAAUCUAAAACACAAAAUACAAACACUCCAAAACUGUGUCCUACGUUUCAUUUGUCAGACUCAAAGAGCAGUGUAAAGAGACGAGAUUUCAGACGUGACUUAAGUGUCGCAAACUGUUUAACCAGAAAGUGAAGAUUCAGGCAAAAAAUACUCAUCAUAAUAAAAGCACGUUUCAAAAUAUAAGCUAGAGCCCUGAAAUUGAAGAAAUUGUGACAGAAAAAUAUUACAAAUGUAUUGUAAAAUGUAAUAUUCACUGUAAUAAUAAUAAUGAAGCAAUAUCUCACAAGCAAAACUGCUGUUGAAUAAAAGUUUGGUAAAAAAAAAAAAAUGACGACAUGUUGAAAAGUUAUAUUUUCACUUGUUAAAAGAUUUAAGAAUGAAUUGAUUAGACAUGAAAUUAAACUAAAACAUGGAGUCCUGGAAAAUAAUAAUAAUAAUAAUAAUAAUAACAACAAAAAGGAAAACAUGAUUUGGUAAAAAAUAAAACAGAUUUCAGUAGGGCGCUACUUAAAAACACUUAAGCAAUGCAUCCUUGAUUGAGAAACACUUGAAGGAAACAUGCAUUAAGAUAUUAUUUACAUUGAAAAGUAACUUUUUAAAUAGGCUAAACAGGUGUAUUCAAUAGCAUAUUGUCAUAUUAGCAUAUUUAUGCCAUGGUACCGAAAUUGGUAUUGACAACCGUGAAAUUUCACUGGUAUCGGUACAGACUACUGAAAUUUUGGUACCGUGACAAUACUAGUACAAAUAUCUGAGUACUGUUUAAGUCAUGGUUACGCAAAACGUCGCCGCUUGGUACAGAAUGCAUGUUACAGUCAGAGGUUGCAUUUCAAAUAAACAUUAUCCGACAAAUGAAUGAACUGUAAAAUUUCCAUUGUGGUUACUUUUAUCUAUCAUUAGUUGCUUUUGCAUUAUUUCUGCAGUUAAAAAUCCCUGUUCUCAAGGUCACAGAGCUCUCUCCCUCUCCCCCUCCUGCACACAAACGCGCACAGAAAAAGUGAAGCCACGUUUAUUUGUCAAAAAGUUGCUGGUGCCGUGUCUGUUCUGCCGCUAUCCAAAAGAGAGAAGCGAUCAUGCUAAAAUUACCUCAGGAAUUACUAAAUGACUCGCAUUUUAAUAUAGUCACUAAAAGGCUAUAUCUGCGUUUGAUGAAUUACAGACGAGCUGACCUACAGAUUUCUUUACUGCAGAUGUUCAUGGUUUUCAUAGGGAUAUUGUUUGGUUCACUGGUCCGUUUGGUAGGAUUGCAUGCUCACCACAAGCGACCCGCUCAAGAUUUAGUUUGUAAUCAGUCCAAGACUGAUGGUUUUGGUGCAGAUCUGAGUGCGAUUGCCGUGCUAUCAAUGACUAUACGCACCAAACCAAGGGAGAAAACGCACCAGGUUCCGAACCAAAUGCUGCAAAGGAGCCAGAUGUGAAAACACCCUUAGGAAGCAAUUUAUGCACUAACUUUACCUUGUGAAAGUGUGUGAGAGUUUAUGUAUCCACUCAAGGCUUGCUGUAGAAUGCAUAGGUCCAUAUGCAGCUUUCAGUGAGUAAAGUAAUUGCGUUCAAUAAAGCUGUUGUGACUCCGCUUUCUGAUGUCAUUUUAGUGUAGGAAAGGCAAGAAAAUGCUUGGUGACAGAAUCACUAUGGAUUACAAUCAGCGUUUGUGAUAUGCAGAUGAAAAGGUUCAGAUCAGCUUGACGUCUUGUUAGUUCUUCAGUAAAAGAAGCUCAUUGGUCACUUGACGAGAACACAUGAGACCACCCGUUGUCAGAAAGAUUUUUUUCAAGCAAGUUUUUUUUUUGUUUUUUUUUGAAGCCAUUAACUAGCAGGGAGUCCUGAAGUGAUUAACAACCUGCCACUUAGAGACACUAAUGCACACUUUGCGUCACUCUACCUGGCCGACGAUUAUGUUAAUGAAGCUCACACCUAAAAAUCACUGGAAAAAAAUCGGCUAGUGUGGCGCUGGCUUCAGAUGGAGAUGUGCCUUUCUGAUAAUCCACCACAGCAAAAAACUCCUCAUGUUAACCAUUGAUAUGUGGCCAAAAAGGAGUGUAAAGAAGUCAUGCAUUUCUUCUUCAUUGCAGCCAAUAUUGCAGCUCCAUACUGGCGCCUUUUUCUGGGGGAUGGAAUGGCAUACAAAAGGAUGCCCAAGAACCCAGACAAAGCCAAAGUUUUGGGUGUGAAUAAUAAAGCCUGUUAUGAACACAUUUGUACUUACGGGUAGGACAGGACCAUGUAAAUCCCAAAAUGCUGGACAAAGGGUACACAAUACUGAGUCAAAACAAAUCUCCUUCUAAUGCACGAUAAGCACAAGUAGCUCAAAUAAAUCACACUCCACUUACUGUACUUUAUGCACAAAAAAACAAAUAAACAUCUAAUUGAAUUAUGGCAUGACUUCUUUAUUUAUACUGCCUGAUCCUGAAUCAAAAUGGAGUACUUUUUAAAAUGUAACAAAGAAUAAUCUGUAGAUACUGGGGAUGUUUUGAAGAUGCUUUUGAACUAUUGCCAAAUAAUCUUUCACUCAAGACAAAUUAAAACAUUAAGAUUUAGAAAUCAAAAAAUAUCUUGCCCAUUGAACGUGCACGCACACACAUUAGAACUCUCUUCUGCUGUCAUUUUAACACAGUUUAAGGUUUUGUUCUAUUCGUUCCCAUUCAUAAUCAUACAAAUGGAGGACAACUGAUAUGCAAGCAUAAGCAUGGAAUUUUCAUCUUUCGCCAUGUACAAAGUUCAAGUUUGGUGCAAUUCCCAGUGAAUGAAAAGACAUUUGACAAAUAGAGGAUCUAAAUUUCACAGGUUGACCUCAUGGCUAAAAACUGAACAUGGAGGAAACUCAUUUUGACAGUUUCGCAUAAAUACAAGUUAAAGAAAAAAAAAGAAACUGCGUGAUUUCCAGUAUCAAAGAAAAUGGAAUAGAUGAUAUAUAUAUCUUAACAUAUUGACUAAAUUCUGACAUAAAUCCUGUUGCCCAUAUGCAAUGUCAGGUCCUAAAUGUUGUGUGGUUAAAAUCUAUUGCAACCUCACAUUUAAGCUCCAAAAGAAACCUGAGUCACUAAAAUUCACUGUAAGGCAAUCAUAAGGGUGUUUUCAGCCAUAAAAUUGACUGUUAAUAUGACAAAGUCAAACAAAGCCUUUUAUUACAAAAUUAAAGGAUAUUCAAAUAAACACUACUAUCACAGCAAAACGCUCAUAAGUGAGGAAGGUGUAGUAUGUAGUAGGUGUAUGAUUUUCACGUAGUAAGUUCCAGAAGGGUUAGGGUGUCCGCAGGAGUAAGGUGACAGAAACCUGUUGAAUUGUUGCAGCUCUGUGCACUCUCUAAACACAGGAAGGAUUUACAUAGGGUUUUUAUUACUGCCAAUUGAUCAUGGGAAUAUCGCAUGGCCUUUUUAGGGCUUAAAAUAGUUCAGCAGUUCCUCUACUUGGCCCAGAACCUCGAGGGGAUGUCUGAGGGGUAAUUCACUGCUGGCCAUGAGAGAAAGACUGUGCGAAAUAAACAAAAGAGAAAAGUACAUGGGACGACUAAAUGUGUUCCACAAAGUAUACAUGCAGUAUAUGAACUCUGAUGGUCGAUCAAGGUAAAUGAAGUUGUUGGUACUUUCCUAACAUCGACCUGCUGAAUCAAUUAAUGCUGUGUUCUAGGGAUGGGUCGGAAUGGUUGACUAGUUGUCCAAAACUGGUGAUGAAUUUACAGAUGAGACCUUUUAGAGAGGUCAUGCAAGCUAACAUAAAAUAAAAGUGAAAAACCAAAUACAUCUUUGAGAACUUGCUUUUCUAAAUUCAUUCCAACGCUUCAGCCAUCAAAGCAGUGCUUUUUUAACAAAUCCACUGCCUUGAACAACACAUUUGAAGUUAAUUACUGUCAAACUUCAAGUUUUUCUAUGUACACGAGAUGGAUAUUUCAGUCAUAUAUUCAGAUAUAGUCAGUUGUGUGGCGUCUCACAUUUUUGUUUGCCUUUCGCACCUCCACAUUGUAUUUUUAAUACAGGUUUUUAAAUAGAUUAAAAACGUGUCUUGAGACCCCAGUGUUUUGCUUCAUUCUGUUGUGCUCCAAACCCCUGUUCGAAAUCUCAUUUGCAAUCGCAUUCAGAUAAAAAUAAAAUAAAAUUGUCAAUUCAAAAAGUUGCAUGGGACGAAACUGAGCGUGAUACACCAAUUUGAAUAUGCUUGAUGCAGAAUGAGUUUUUAGAGCUACACUGAGAGACUUUGUGAAUUACCCCCAAAAUGUCAGUCUUCCUCAGGUAAAGCUUUUAGCUGGGUUUCCAUACACAAAUUUGUAUGCAAAUUUUGGGAAAUUGUUUAAAAAAUGCUGGAUCGAAACAAAUAAAAUCUCAAAAUGUGAAUAAAAUCUCCAAAAAAAGCUCUGUUGAGGUGGAUCCAUCUUUUAUUCAAUAAGAUGACAUGCAU